CGCGCCCGGGCCGGCACCGGUACCGGUACCGCCCGCGGGACACGGCGCUGCCUCCCUCCGCGGGGCUCCGCCGGCCCGGGCCGCAUCUCUCCCUCCCCUCUUCUUUCCCCUCCACCGCCCCCGGGCCAAUAAAAUGAUGCAAAGCUCCGCUCUCGCUGCCGAAGGGGCUGUCAAGGGGCUUCCCGAGAUCCUCGGUGUGCCGGUGCAACAGAUCCCCCAGUGCGCCGGCUGCAACCAGCACAUCCUGGACAAGUUCAUCCUCAAGGUCCUGGACCGGCACUGGCACAGCUCCUGCCUCAAGUGUGCCGACUGCCAGAUGCAGCUGGCCGACCGCUGCUUCUCCCGGGCCGGCAGCGUCUAUUGCAAGGAAGACUUCUUCAAGCGUUUCGGGACCAAAUGCACGGCCUGCCAGCAGGGCAUCCCCCCCACCCAGGUGGUCCGCAAAGCCCAGGACUUCGUCUACCACCUCCACUGCUUUGCCUGCAUCAUCUGCAGCCGGCAGCUGGCCACCGGCGAUGAGUUCUACCUGAUGGAGGACGGGCGGCUGGUCUGCAAGGAGGACUAUGAGACUGCCAAGCAGAACGAUGACUCUGAGGCGGGUGCUAAGCGGCCCCGGACCACCAUCACGGCCAAGCAGCUGGAGACACUGAAGAACGCCUACAAAAAUUCCCCCAAGCCCGCCCGGCAUGUGCGGGAGCAGCUUUCAUCUGAGACGGGGCUUGACAUGAGGGUGGUGCAGGUGUGGUUCCAGAACCGCCGGGCCAAGGAGAAGCGGCUGAAGAAGGACGCAGGGCGGCAUCGCUGGGGGCAGUUCUACAAGAGCGUCAAGCGGAGCCGUGCCGGUGGCAAGCUGGAGAAGGAGAGCUCAGCCGAGGACUGCGGCGUCAGCGACAGCGAGCUCAGCUUCCGUGGUGAGCGGGGAUCCGGCACAGGGCAGGGGGGUCGCGGGGGUCCCCCCUGCGCUGACGUUUCCCCUCUGCUGUCCCUCCUCUCCCCAGCAGAAGAUCAGAUCCUCUCCGAGCUCGGCCACACCAACCGGGUUUAUGGCACCGUGGGGGACGUGGCAGGAGGACAGUUGCUGAACGGCAGCUUCCCCAUGGAGGGAACAGGACAGUCGUACCAGGACUUGCGGGACGGCAGUCCCUACGGCCUCCCCCAGUCGCCGUCCUCCAUCUCCUCCCUGCCGUCCCACCCGCCCUUGCUCAACGGGCUGGACUACGCCAUGGACGGCAGCCUGGGGCUGGUGGCCCACGGGGCGCAGGGGGUGAGUCAGACGCUGCGGGCCAUGGCCGGGGGGGGGCCCACCUCCGACAUCUCCACGGGGAGCAGCGUCGGGUACCCAGACUUUCCCACCAGCCCGGCCUCCUGGCUGGACGACAUGGAUCACCCCCCUUUCUAAGCGCCGCUCGUCCCCUGCUCCGGCCCCCCUCGCUUCCCCCCAGCCCGCAAGCAUAGCACUGAGGGCGCCUGCCGGCAGUUGACCUUUCCAGGAUUUCCCAUGGGAAUCUGCCCCGGAGGGCUGGAAGGAGAGGGAUCAGCAUCCGCGAUGGCCCUGGGUGGCUGUGCUUGGGGUGUGUGCGUGGGACACAGAUGCCUUUGGGUGUAAGCACAAGAGAGGUGUCGGCGCACGGGAUGCAUGGCGAGGACCCUGCGCAGGGCUGGGCACAGAGGGUGCUGGUGAUGGUGCGGGCCGGCGGGAGGGAAGGACAAUCACGGAUGGCAGAGUCCGUCCCGGGGCCCGCGCCAGCCCCGCACCCCUUCUUUUGAGCACCGCUGCUAUUUUCAAGAGUUAUUUUUCGAUACGGAGUUGAAAAGCGGCUUGGCGCUGCCCGGAACCUCAGCGGGAAGAAAAGUCUAUAUUGUAGAAGGGUUUAUUUUAGCGAGGCAGGGGACCUGUCCAGGCAGGGCCAUUGCCCUGCUGCCCGGGGGUGAUGCUGCCGUGCACGGCUGUGAUUUAUCCCUGGCACGCAGGAGCACUUACAGCGCAUCCCUGCGGGGUUUACCUCGGUCAUGUGGCAGGGAGGAAUUAAAACAGAAAAAGCCUCUCACUGGAGAUGCCCAUGGCCAAGCAGUGCUGUGCUGGGGCCGGCCGGGGUGCUCGGGGCUGGCACAUGGAGAGCAGCUGCCGCAGGUGCUGGAGAAGGGUGGCAGGGAGAGGUGGGGAAUGUUUGCUCUCAGGGUAUUGCAAUUCCCCCCCGCAAAAGAAGGGAAAAAGAGCAUUUCAUCAGCUGCAGAAGCACCCCCGUGGUGGGGAAUGGAGGGGAUUAUACUGUGACACCCCCCCUGGCAUAGGCCAACCACCUCCUCUGGUGCUGUG